AUGCAGUACUCCAUCUGCGUGGCCACGGAUUGCGAGGGGGAAAAAGUUAACCUGCGGUUUCUCUUUGACUCCUACGGCCCAUCGUUGGCGCAGCUUCUCAAUCGCUCCCUCGUUGCGUUUAACAAUGUAUUUCGUCUUCGCUCAGUGCCCCGCACAUUUGCCGUGAGUGCGGCUGUUGUAUUCAACGAUGUACACAACACGUGGGAUCGCCUAGAACGCUCCACGCAGCUGCUGCACAACAGCCAGGUGUACCUCUUCCAGCCUGACAUUCUUGAUAUGCCGGCGGAAAUACCUGAGCCGUUCGAGGGUGCCCCACUGCUUGGCGAAGGCUACGUCUCGCCGCCACGUGAAGCAUCCGCCUCGCCGCACGCCGUGGCGCCCUCACAUUAUGAACCGCGUCCCGCGGCCACGAUAGAAACUCCGCGAUGGUUGCCAAAGUGGCCUGGUAGUCAAAAGAAGUCAUUGAUGCCUGGCAAUGGCAGUGGAAACCCCCACAGCAACCACUACUAUGAGGUGAAGAAUAAUGGCACGAAUGAUAGGUCGCGACUAGCGUUGUUUUCAACUCCGAAGCGAGGCGACAACCGCGACCUACUGAAAGGUGGUCAAACGUCGCUCUUGAAGCAGAGUAUCCACUCGUAUUCUGCCUCGCCUCCGAUUCGACAACCGAGGGAAUUAAGCACCCGUAGCCGCAGCGACAGUAGGAGGAGCAUCCUGCGUGAGGAGCGAGAGAAGAUUGAGUAUCAAAUGCGGCUUCCCCUUGACGAGAUGCGGCGUAGCCUGAGGGAAGAGACGCGACAGCUAGAGCGUAGCAUCAGUCCCAUGCAAAGACCAACGAUGGAUUGA